AUGUUAACAUACAUAGAUUUCCACUUAUUAUACACACUUCCGGUUAUUGGCAUAUUGUCGUUAAUCGCACGACCAUUUCUUAACCGUUCGGAAAUUUUUAAAAUUGCAUUUUUAAGUACUAUAGCUUUUGUGUAUACAACACCAUGGGACAACUAUAUCAUCUACAAAGAAGGCUGGUCAUAUGCACCAGAAAAAAUCUUAGGCUCUAUUGGAUAUGUACCUAUUGAAGAGUACAUGUUUUUUGUUAUACAAACCGUUUUGACAUCACUGUGGGCUUUGCUCUGUGUCCGAUGGUCAACUCCGUGCUUAAAUUUCAACUAUAACAAACACAGCUACCAAUUGAUUCGGUGGAUACCGAUCGCGUUUUUAGCCAUAGCCACGGUCGUAGGUUAUAUAAUUGCUAUUCCCGGACAGUCAACCUUUUACUUGGGAUGUGUACUAUGGUGGGUAUCUCCGGUGGUUAUAUUCAUGUGGUAUGGAGCCGGAAAUUUUUUCAUAAAAAAAAUAAUACCGUGUACUUUUGCGAUCGUGGUUCCUACGUUGUACCUGUGUUGGGUAGAUCAAAUAGCCCUUAAGGAAAACAUUUGGCAUAUAAACGAAAAGACAAUGUUAAAUAUAUUCGUUGCCGAAGACUUGCCAUUUGAAGAAGCAUUUUUUUUCUUAAUAUCAAAUGUUAUCGUUGUCUUGGCAGGUUGUUGUUUCGAUAAAGCUCGCGGUAUGAUAGAGACGUACACAUUGGAAUAUCCACAACGAUUUAAUAUUAAUUGGGCGUUUAUUCAGCAACUGUUCUGGGCAUUCGUGACAUCAGAAUAUAAUAUGCCACAAAUCGUGACGGGAGAUAUAAAAGAGAGCAUUGACAUUAUUACAGUUGCUUCAAAGUCAUUCACUACUGCCAGUUUUCUUUUUCAAGCCGGAAUUCGAUUGGAUUUAAUAAUUUUGUACUCAUUUUGUCGUGUAACGGAUGAUAUGAUUGAUAACGAGUUGGAUGUCGAAAAGAAAAAGCGAAAAUUUGAAUUAACCAACAAUUUUAUCAACGAAUUAUUUCAUGAUAGAAAGUCAGAUUAUGAUGUCGGAACAAAACCACAAAAAUUGAAUAUCGAUUGGACGAAAUAUGAAUCCGGACUGACUGACGUGGAGAUGUCGUGUUUUCGCGCAUUAUCGAGAAUCGCAUUUUAUUUGCCCCGUAAGCCUUUUGAAGAGUUACUCGCAGGUUACAAAUGGGAUAUUGAGGGUAGGUUAAUCAGAAAUGAAGACGAUUUAUUAUUAUACUCCACGUAUGUGGCUGGAAGCGUCGGUGCGUUAUGUGUAUAUGUGAUGAUGUACAGGUGUGAUAACGAUAAAUUUGAACUUGUCGAAAACUACGAUUAUGUCAUAAAAAAAGCAUAUCAAAUGGGACAAGCUUUACAACUUGUGAACAUUGCUCGUGAUAUCGUCACUGACAGCGAAACAUUGGGUCGGUGCUAUAUACCCACCGAAUAUAUGGACGACGAAGACGAAGAAGUAAAAAUAUUAUGCCAGGAAAAGAAACCAAGGUCUCUAGGUGAUAAGAAGUUAAAAAAAUACUCUACGAGGAUGAUCCAUCUUGCCAACAAGCAACAGUUAGAAUCGGUGGACGCUAUCAAGUGUUUGCCACGAGAAACAAGAGGUUCGGUUCUUGCAACCACUGAUAUUUAUCGAGGGCUUGUUUCUGCUAUUCAGUCUAGUCCAACUUAUCCUGCUAGAGCUUCAUUGUCAAAAUGGAAUAAAAUCGUAAUAGGAUUAUAUUCUUUAUAUAUUAAAAGCAUCCAGUAUGUUGUAUAAUUUUUAUUGAACAGUGGUAGAUUUCGAAGAUGUAUGUAGUGAAAGGGUAUAUUAUGAAUUUUGGCACUUUCCUGAAGUUUCAACAUCAUCUUUGUUCGAUGUUGAGCUAUGAAAAAAAUUGGCCUGUAAAAAUGAUAUUUGAUUGGUCCUGAAUAUAAAAAGGUUUUUUUUAGGUGGGGGAGGUAUACAAUAUAAAUUUAUAUAUGCUUACUUAAAUAUUUCCUCUUAAAUUAGUUAUCAUUAAACGAACUAACUCAUAAUUCUGACCUUAAUUAAAACAGAAUAUAAUAUUAAAUUUAAGACAAAUUCACAUAGUUCUUUUUACACUUAUAAAUUACUUAUUUUUAACAAUGUCAAAUG